ACAGUGAUCUAAGCAUCUGCGCAGUGUUGCAGCAAUUACUUUGCACAAUAAUGCAAAUUUUUUGCUGUUUAUGUUCGUCAAAACAGUAUGGGUCGUCAUAGAUUAGGUUUCGGAAAUGUUUUAAUCGGUUCUGUAUUGGGUAUAGCAUGUGGACUUUAUGUUAUGUAUCCAGCCAUACAAAGUUCUGUAGCGGAAAAAAAGAAGUUGGAAGCCAAAGUAGAAAAAGAUUAAAUUCAUAUUAGUGUGUAUCACAUGAAAAGUAGAAACUGGAAGCAUUGCAAAACAGAAGUCUUCUCUAUAAAUUUGAUUUUUUUGAAAGAAAAUAUUUGAAUUUUUCUGUAUUUUUUGUGAGAAAUUGCCGGAACUCGUAAAUUUUAAAAGCAGGAUUUGUAUAUCUUUGUGAUUGAAACAUCUGAUACUGUACCAUGACUGAAACAAACAAUCCAAGAAAAUCCUCUCAUAUACCUAAUGAUCUGUUAAAUGAUCUGAGCAGCCGUUUCAUUAUAAAUGUCCCAGAAGAAGAGCGUGUGGAUCUUAUCCGUUUAUGUUUUCAAAUUGAACUAGCUCAUUGGUUUUAUUUGGACUUCUAUUGUGAAGAAGAUUCAAAACUCCCCAAAGUUGCUUUAAAAGACUUUAUAAGAAUUAUUUUUGGACAUAUUCCAUUCCUUCAGAAAUAUGGUACAUCAGAAGUGGAUAGUGUAAUUUCAGACUGGCGAGAAUAUAAAAAGGCUGUUCCUACAUUUGGAGCAAUUUUACUGGAUGAAGAAUUAAAAAAUGUUCUUUUAGUACAAAGUUUUGUAUAUAGAGCAAGCUGGGGCUUUCCAAAAGGAAAGGUUAAUAAAGAUGAGCUGCCACAUCAUUGUGCCAUUAGAGAAGUCCUUGAGGAAACUGGUUUUGAUAUUUCUGAUUUAAUUGACAAAGAUGCCUAUCUUGAACAUUAUUUUAAUGACCAAUUGAUUAGAUUAUAUAUAAUCACUGGUGUGCCAGUAGAUGCAAAAUUUUGUCCCAAAACAAGGAAUGAAAUAAAAGGUUGCGAGUGGUUUUCUGUAAAUCAGUUGCCAACUGGAAGGAAGGAUCAGUUUAGUAAAACAAAUUUGAGUGCAAACAGUUUUUUCAUGGUUAUACCUUUUGUGAAGCAGUUAAAGAAGUGGAUUUCUGUAAAAAAUACUCAUUCCAAUCAAUCACCAUAUGAAAAAACAUUUGAAAUUGACAGGCAUAACUCAAAACAGCAGCAGCAACUAUAUACUCAGACUAAGAGUGAGUAUGCAAGAUAUACUGAGAAUACUUCCCCAGCAGAGACUCGUGGAGGCCGUCAACAACAUAAAUCUACCUACUCGCCUCCACCAAGAAUGCUUCGUCAAAGAAACAUUAAGCAUGGAGGAGAAACUGAAAAGAAGAAAAAUAUUACUCAAUCAGAUGAUAGAGGCUCAGCACAUUCUAAACAUCAUAAAAAGGUUUCUGGAGAAACCCCAAAAUUUGAAAAAAAUAUAGCAAGUUCUAAGAAAACAUUUUUGGCUACUGAAGAUGGUUUUUAUCCUGUUUCUAAGACAUGGCUAAAUUUUUCUCUGGAUUGUGAAGCUGUAGUUGCAACAUUUAAUAUUCAUUUGAGGAAAACAUCCACCUCACCUAAUGCAUACAGCUUUUCAUGACAAUAUUUCUCAUAAAAAUAUACUUUAUUACUUUCUGUAUUUUCAAAUUCAUUCAUGUAUAUUUUAGUCUUACAUAUGUUAGAAAAAUAAAAUUUUCUGAAAUGUU